AUGACCGCAUACCUAGAUAAUAGCAUAGAUUCAAAGAACUAUCAAGAGAAUAGAAUCACGUACCCUAACAGUCUUUAUGAGGCAAUUGUGGAAUAUCAUGCUGGAGGGAGGAAGUUGGCCGUAGAUGUGGGGUGUGGAACGGGCAUUGGUACAUUGCCUCUUUUGAAGUACUUUGAUAAGGUUGUAGGAUGCGAUCCUUCAGAGAAGAUGCUGCAAACUGCUAGAGAAGUUGUAGAUAAGAUCCCUAAUAGUGAAGAGAAGCGUGUCGAAUUCAAAAAGGUGAGAGCAGAAGCAUUAGAUGAGUGUUUUGGGGAAAACACUGUCGACUUAGUGGUUGCAGGCGAAUCUGUACAAUAUACAGCAUUUGAUCGAUUUUUCGAGCAGGUACACAAAGUCUUGAAACCAGGGGGAACCCUGUCAUAUUGGUUCUAUUGUGAUCCAGUCUUCAUCGAUUAUCCCCGAGCAAAUGAGAUUUUCAGGCAUAGCGUAUACGAGGAUGAGCAGUCUUUUGGAUCUCUUUGGCCAUCGGAAAUGAAGUACGUCAGGAAAUUGGGCUCUAAUAUUGGAAUUCCAGACGAUAAGUCCGAGCAUAUCCAAAGCGAGACUUAUGUUCCGCUCAAAAGCAUGAAGCCAGGAAAGUUCUUUAUCUACAAGAAUGAUUUUACUUUGAAAAGGUUGAGAAAUAUCAUGAGCACAUGGAGUGUAUACCAGACAUGGUUAGAUAACAACGAGGGCAGUACAAGGGAUAUCAUAGAUCACGUGGUUGAGAAAAUUAAGCUGGAUUGUAAUUUAUCUGACGACGCCAAGCUGAGAGUUGAAUGGGAGACAGCCUUUUACAUCGCUCGGAAUAAAGGCUAA